AUGGAUUUGAACGUUGAGAAAUUCGUGAAAGCAUGUAGAAGAUGUACUUUGGUGUCAGCACCAAAUGCACCGGAGCCAAUGAUGAGGAAGGAACUGCCAUCUCGCGUCUGGGAGCAAGUUGCUGUAGACUUCCUGGGUCCAUUGCUGAAUGGAGAAAACUUGCUGGUUUGCAUAGAUUACUACAGCAGAUAUCUAGAGGUAGCGGAAAUGGAAGUGAUAUCUACAUCAGCGACAAUUCAAGAGUUGUUAGCGAUCUUCUCUCGUUAUGUGGUACCGGAAGUCCUUCGGGCAGACAACGGACUGCAGUUCACCUCAGAAGAGUUCCGUAGUUUUUGCGAUGAGUAUGGUAUGCAUUUGGAGAGCACCAUUCCUUACUAG